AUGGACACCGAUUGUAAUAGUGACGAUAAAGAUAAUGGCACAAAUGCUGUUGAUAAUGCUCAAAGAGACAUUAGUAGUAGUAGUGAUGCAAAAGAUUUUUAUCCACAAAUGGUAGAAGAUCAAUCGAUACAGCACCUGAUUUCAUGGGCAAUUUCCGGUGAUGUCUUUAGUGUAUCGAAUCCUACCGAAUUUUCAAAAACGGUCUUGCCACAAUAUUUUAAACAUAAUAAUUGGCAAAGUUUUGUGAGACAAUUAAACAUGUAUGGCUUUCAUAAAGUAAAUGAUAUGUUUCAUGCAAAUCCGACAAGUGAGAGUCAGGCAUGGGAAUUUAAACACCCUGAAUUUCGUCGAGGGCAACUUGAUGCUUUACAAAAGAUUAAGCGUAAAAGUUCAAAACAUCAACCUUCCAAUAUUAAUAAUAAUAAAAGUUUAUCUAGUACUGGUGCUGGACAAAAUCCAUCAUUAGAUAUUAAUGCUGCUGAUGCUCAUCGAGAUGAAAAAAUUGAAUACUUAACAAAUCAGAUGGCAGAGAUAAUGGAGAGAGUACGCCAAAUGAACGAAAAUUAUAGUUUACUUUAUGCUGAAACUGUUUCGUGUCGAAUGCAACAAUCGAAACACGAAAAGGUAAUUACUGAUAUUGCAAAUUUUCUUUCAUCAAUACUACGUGAAGUGGAUUGUAUACAAGCAGAAAUAGCCAAGUUUGGGCAAGGUGAUAUACCACCCUCCCCUCAUCCUCCUAUGAUGCAAUUUUCUCCCCAUUACUAUAGAGAAGGAAUGCACCCAACUCGUUCAAUGUCAACUCCACAACCUAUGGUUGGGGUUGAGUCUACUUCCUCUUCGCAUCAUUCUUCACAGAUGUCUGAUGCUGAUUACCGCUCAUCAUCAUUCUUGGGUUCGCAAUCUCUUCAUAGAUCACCCACUAAAAUUCCGUCAUCUAGUCCCUUAUCUAUGUUACCGGAAUUACCAUUUACUCAUCAUUUUCAACCUAGCAAUAAUUAUCUUCGACAUCGUUCUCCUGAGCCGAUAUCGAACCCGAGCCCUAGUGGUGAUUCAAGAUCUUCUUCUAUAGACGCUUCUUACAAAUCAUCUAUGCAAUCUACAAGUUCAAAUUCUUCACAAACUACGCAAAAAUUUUCUAAUUCUGGUCGUUCAUCAACACAUCCACCGCAUAUGCAAUCUGCGAGUACACCAAGUCGACGCGCAUCACAACCUACUACUUCUUUAAGUUUUGGGUCUGAUAGUAACCUAUUAAAUCCAUCUGAAUCAAAUAGAUUUAAAGAUAAUAAUUCAUCUACAAUACCAAAAUCGCAAAGUGCUACUUCUUCUUCUACCUCCUAUAGUAAGCCUGAAAAUCCAAUCAUUGCCAAUCCUACAACAACACAACAACGUCCACCUCCAUUACCAGAUCCUCCGGACAAUGAAACCGAACAUAAACGUCGCAAGAAAAAUUAA